CCGGGUCCCAGUGCGGUGCCGCGCUCUCGCCCCGCCAUGCUCCUGCUGCUGGGGCUGUGCUUGGCGCUGCUCCUCUGCGCGGGGUCGCAGGAAGAGGAGCGGAGCUGGAGCGACACUUCGGAGCAAGUUGGACUGAGGGUCCCAAGACAACUCAGGCUGUUGCAAAGGCUGAAAACCAAACCUUUGAUGACAGAGUUCUCGGUGAAGUCUACCAUUAUUUCUCGUUAUGCCUUCACUACGGUUUCCUGCAGAAUGCUCAACAGAGCUUCUGAGGACCAGGAAGUUGAGUUUCAGAUGCAGAUUCCAGCUGCAGCCUUCAUCACCAACUUCACCAUGCUUAUUGGAGACCAGGUGUAUCAGGGUGAAAUUAUAGGCAGAGAAAAGAAGAAUGGUGAUAGGGUAAAAGAGAAAAGGAAUCAAACCACAGAAAACAAUGGGGAGAAGGGAACUGAAAUGUUCAGAGCUUCCUUAGUGAUUCCCAGCAAGGACAAAGCCGUUCUCCUGCUAAGUUAUGAAGAGCUUUUGCAGAGACGGCUUGGGAAAUAUGAGCACAUCGUCAGUGUGCGCCCCCAGCAGCUGGUCGGGAGGCUGACCGUGGACGUGAGCAUCCUGGAGAAGUCGGGCAUUGCCUCGUUGGAAGUGCUGCCGCUUCACAACAGCAGGCAGAAGGGCAGUGGGAGGGGGGAAGAUGAUUCUGGACCUCCUCCUUCUACUGUUAUCAACCAAAAUGAAACUUUUGCCAAAGUCAUUUUUAAGCCUAGUGUGGUCCAACAAGCCAAGAUUGCCCAGAAUGGAAUUUUGGGAGAUUUCAUCAUUCGAUACGACGUCAAUAGGGAACAGAGCAUUGGGGACAUCCAGGUCCUAGAUGGCUAUUUUGUGCACUACUUUGCCCCUAAAGGCCUUCCUCCUUUACCCAAGAACGUGGUAUUUGUGCUUGACAGCAGUGCCUCUAUGGUGGGAACCAAACUCCGACAG